UUUUUACUCCCAGUCAGUCCCUGAUUAUAUGUCUACUUUCUGAAAAUGGGUGGGGCUUGGCCUCAACUGGCCCCUCCCACUUGAGCUUUAGUCCUGUUCAAACAAACUAUGAAUCAGACACACAGAGAUGGAGAGACGCGGUGCUAACUGGACCCUUCUCCUGGUGCUGUGUGGCCUCCUGCCACUGAACACUCAGGCUGGCAGCCAGAUGCCAAAACUCUCGAACAACAAGCUAUGCGCCGAUUCAGAGUGUAGCCAUCCCAUUCUCAUCGCUAAAGCUCUGCAGGAUUAUUACCCACAAGACUGCCGCUUCAUUCACAUCCACCAAGGCCAGUCUGUCUAUGUGUAUGCCAUGCUGAAAGACCGUGGGAACCUCUUUUGGGCUGGCAGUGUUCAAGGGUCAUAUUAUGGGGACCAGGAAGCUCGUCUGGGAUAUUUCCCCAGCAGUGUUGUUGAAGAGACGCAUGCUUUAAUGCCUGCUGAGGUCGAGGUCAAGACUGAUAAAUGGGACUUUUACUGCUAUUAGGAUUGCUGUCUCGGCUGGAACAUAAACACAAUUUUUGAUUCCACUCUGCACUUUAUAGUGUGUCACUACAUUUAUUAUGUCUAGUAGGCAACUCAACUUAAAGAUGUCUUACUAUUCAGAAGAGGGAAACAUAUAGACCAGUGACUGUAGACUGUAAAUGCUUGUUGAUGCAAUAGUUUGAAUAAAGCUGAGCUGCUGCUAUUUGGCUGCAACUGUCGCAAGUGAUCGCUGUUUGUUUGUAUCACGUGAUGUUUUUGGUAAGAAAAGCUUUGAAUGAAAACUAAAGAGAAAAUCAAUUACUACUCAAGCGAUAAAUGAUUGCAUCUGCCUUUAUUAUCUUCACACGACUUCAGCAGUAGAUAUUCGGUUUCUAGCCGCGUUGCGUCAUGCGCAUUUCCAUGGAGACCAACGACAGCUCGAGGAUCGCGUAUUACUGGGCAUUCAAGGUGAGUGCGUGUUUACAGUUGAUUCAAAUCUUUUAACUUCAAACUAGGUUUAAUAAAAUGUAAACGGCUGUACUGAUAUGGGCGACUAUGUAGCUUAUGGACGACUAUCACAAAUAUUUAAAUGUGUGCGGUCUAGGAACCCUUACGAAAAAUAAUUUUA